UAAAAGGCUCUUAAUCCCAACAUAUGUUUAUACCUGAACCUAUCGUGAUUGGAAUUGUUUGUUUGGACAAGCUUGACACUUAAAGCUUAAAAAUUAAAUUAUAAACAUUAUUUCAGAAAAAUAAAAUGGCUCGUGGUCAGCAGAAGAUCCAGUCCCAGCAGAAAGCUGCUGAGAAGUCGGCCAAGCUGAAGAAAGCUGCCGGUCAUACUGCAGCUGAUCAGAAGAAGGCUGCCAUGGCUGCCUUGAAGUCAAGUUGUGUGCUCUGCAAGUCCCUGAUGCCGGACCCUAAGACGUACAAACAGCAUUUUGAGAACAAGCAUCCUAAAAACGAACUCCCAGCUGAGCUCAAGGAUAUUUAAUCAUCAG